AUGCCCGUACUGCUCUCCGGAAGCUACGUAGCAUCCCAAAUACCCACUCGAGUAUCGUACCUUACACGUUCACCCCAAUUCCGAUUCCCCCCGACCAGCGGGGGCCGGCCUUGGAGUCUACAACCUGGCAACUGCGGUGACAGAUUACGAGUAAGGAUGACAGUCAAGUCAGCAAGUGGUUAGGCUGUGGGGGGUAGGGGGGGUCACAAUGGCGUUAAGCCCUACACGAAAACCUCUCUACGUAUGAUACCGAAACCUCCAUGGAGGAACACCGGCGGUGCCGGCUGGGGCAGUUGUAUCCGGAAAGGACGGGUACGGACCACAAAAGACCGGGUCGUCUAGGACGGACGAAGAGGGAAAGAAAAACACGGGCUUGACGCGCCGUGCCCUUAACUCUGGUGCGGCGAUCAACUUUUCGGAUGAUAGACUCCCAAUACGAGUAGGACUUAGCGGAAGGAACUUAGGUUGACCCCACUGUGAGCCACCCGAUAUUACGGGGAUGCGGUAGCUCUGACGCCUUGCUUGUGAUAAUGGCCGGGUCGAAACUAUAUAAGUCUUCGUUGUGUUCAACUGCCUUGCCACCAGCGCGCCCCAGGACCUACACAACGAUAUCUUUCGUCUAUCCAUACGAUCUCAAUCUAAAGCCCCAAUGAUAAAGGAAAUAGUCUUGCUCGUGGAUGGCAUCUGGAUGCUGAACGUUGCUAUACAAACAUGGCAGUGGAAUAGGGAUAGGGCAGGGGUACCCGAUUAUUGAUCUGGUAUUAAAGCCCGCGUGAGGAGCGGGGGUUGGUGAGGAACGAUAAUGGCAGAGAGUAGUAUUGGGCUGUGUCACAUAGACUAAUACAAGGAACGCCACUACUGGCGUUAUUAGA